AUGGGCAACUCAGGACUCAAACAACACAUAGAAACUGCUCAAAAGACUGGAGUUCUAAAGGUGUCUCAAGGUAAAUUGAAUGAGUUUCCCCCUGGAUUUAAGCAGCUAGAAGGCAGCCUCAGGACUUUAGACAUAUCUGAUAACAAAUUUGUUGUUUUACCCAAUGAAAUAAGCCGAUUUAUGCAACUUAGACACCUCAAUUUAAGCAAAAACAGGUUAGCUAAGAUCCCAGAUUGUAUAGGGGCCCUAACAAAACUCGAAACUUUUAAUGUUGGCCAAAAUAACUUAACCUCUUUACCCAGAACCAUAUCAAAUUUGAUCCAUCUAAAGCAGGUUAAUUUAAGCAGCAAUCAUAUUAAAGAUUUCCCAUUGAUGUUCUGUGGGUUAAAACACUUAGAUGUAUUGGAUUUAAGUAAAAAUGAGAUCACUACCAUACCAUCUGAAGUUUCAGGAUUGCAUGUAACUGAACUUAACCUCAACCAGAAUCAAAUAUCACACAUUUCUGGUCAAAUAGCUGAGUGUCCACGUUUAAAAACACUCAGAUUAGAAGAAAAUUGCUUGCAGUUGACUGCUAUUACACCAAAAAUACUUGGCGAGUCUAAUAUUGCCAAUUUAUCACUUGAAGGUAACUUAUUUGAAACCAAACAGUUGUCUGAUAUUAAUGGUUAUGAGGCUUACAUGGAAAGAUUUACUGCUGUUAAGAAAAAGCUUUUUUAA